AGACGCUUUUAUUCACACAUACAGAGGGAGAGAAACCCCGGCUUCUAUGUACUAAACCCUCUCUGAGCUCUCUCGCUUUUCCGCCAUGGAAGACUGAAGAAGACGAAUAAGCGGGCGGGCGCGCGCGCGCACACACACACACAGACUCACAACGUUGUUUAUCGACAUGCUAAUCAACAGUCCUCUCCACAAGCUAUUCACUUCCAAAACCCUCAUGGCCGCCUCCACCAAACCCUCACCUUUCAGCAAAGCACUACCAAUGACCCCUUCUUCGCACCCACACCUCUCCCACUCUCGCAGGCUUAUUUUUUCAGCUUUUUCUUCCAAACCCACAUCCCGUUUUCGCAUUUUUGCUCGCAAGAACAAUACUAAUGGGUCUCUUAGGACUACUAAUGGGUCUCUUAGUAAUGGGUUUUCCUCGGUUUCACAUGCCAACAUUCCAAGACCAGUUUCUCAAGUUGGUUUAGAAAUCCCUGAAGACAACGUUCCAAUAAAACUGAGGCAGAAAAUGGAGUCAGUUGGCAUUGACAGCAACCUUUGUAGGCCUGGGCAAUACAAUGGCUUGAUUUGUCCGAUGUGCAAAGGUGGUGAUUCCAUGGAGAAGAGCUUAUCCCUUUUCAUCACCCAAGAUGGGAAUUCAGCUUUGUGGACCUGUUUUCGAGCAAAAUGUGGGUGGAGAGGCAGUACAAGCGCCUUUGCAGAUGGAAAGUCAACAUAUGGACAGAUGAGUCAAAUCCCAAAAGUUAAGCAGAUCAGAAAAAUUGCUGAGGAAAGUUUGGAGUUGGAACGACCAUGUGGUGAGCUGCUGUCAUACUUUGCUGAGCGAAUGAUAUCAAGGGAAACUUUGCAGAGAAACUCUGUUAUGCAAAGAAGAUGGAAUGAGGAGAUUGUUAUUGCAUUUCCUUACCGAAGAAAUGGAGUUCUUGUGAGCUGCAAGUACAGAGAUAUCAACAAGAAGUUCUGGCAGGAGAAAGAUACUGAAAAAAUAUUGUAUGGGCUGGAUGAUAUAAAGGAUGCGAGCGAUAUUAUCAUUGUUGAGGGUGAGAUGGACAAGCUUUCUAUGGAAGAAGCUGGCUUCCGGAACUGUGUUAGUGUCCCUGACGGUGCUCCUGCUACAGUUUCCAAAAAAGAGUUGCCAUCUGAAGAGCAGGACACAAAGUAUCAGUAUUUGUGGAACUGCAAAGAGUACCUAGAGAAGGCAUCUCGCAUUAUACUUGCGACUGAUGGUGAUCCACCUGGUCAAGCCUUAGCUGAAGAGCUUGCACGCCGCCUUGGAAGAGAAAGAUGCUGGCGAGUCAGGUGGCCAAAGAAAAACGAUGUUGGUUAUUUUAAAGAUGCAAAUGAGGUGCUCAUGUAUAUGGGACCUGGUUUGCUGAAGGAAGUAAUUGAGAAUGCUGAGUUGUAUCCUAUACAAGGACUGUUCAACUUUAGAGAUUACUUUGAUGACAUUGAUUCGUAUUACCAUCGAACUCUUGGUUAUGAGUUUGGUGCCUCAACUGGCUGGAGGUGUUUGGAUCAGUUAUAUAACGUUGUUCCAGGAGAGUUGACUGUAGUUACUGGAGUUCCCAAUUCUGGCAAGAGCGAGUGGAUUGAUGCUCUUAUAUGCAACCUCAAUAAAAGUUCUGGUUGGAAAUUUGCACUUUGUUCUAUGGAAAAUCAGGUUCGGGAGCAUGCGAGGAAACUUUUAGAAAAACACAUGAAAAAGCCCUUCUUUGAUGCAAGGUACGGUGAAUCUGUUGAACGGAUGAGUGUUGAUGAGUUAGAAGAAGGAAAAAAAUGGUUGGGUGAUACAUUUUAUCUCAUAAGGUGUGAGAAUGACAGCCUUCCAAAUAUCAAUUGGGUCCUUAAGCUUGCGAAAUCAGCAGUGCUCAGAUAUGGGAUUAAUGGACUUGUGAUUGAUCCAUACAAUGAGCUUGAUCAUCAGCGUCCUCCAAACCAGACUGAAACAGAGUAUGUGAGUCAGAUGCUAACUAAGGUUAAACGAUUUGCUCAACAUCACUCCUGCCAUGUUUGGUUUGUAGCACAUCCACGACAGAUGCAUCAUUGGGUUGGGGCUCCUCCAAAUUUGUAUGACAUCAGUGGAAGUGCACACUUCAUAAACAAGUGUGACAAUGGGAUUGUUGUUCAUAGGAAUAGGGAUCCAGACGCUGGUCCCCUGGAUCAAGUUCAGGUUUGUGUACGGAAGGUACGAAAUAAGGUCGCAGGAACCAUAGGUGAAGCUUUCUUGUCAUAUAACAGGGUGACUGGUGAAUACGUGGACAUGGGAUAGAUCUUGAAAAGGAUGGACGCAAGUUAGUUCUCAAGAGCACUCUUGGAACUCUCUUGACCGCAGAGGCAGAAUCAGCAUCUUGUUGAGGGUCAACACCAAGGCUGGUCAUUUCUAAUGUAACUUAAAAUGCCCAAAAUGGAGUUUUCUACCUUCCAUUAUUGGGGGAGAAAUCGACAGCAAGAAGGAUAUAAUGUGAGGACGACUAUCUUUUGAUUAGAUAUUUUCUUUUAGGCACCGAGGAAUUAUUCCCAGUUAUCACUUGUGUCCUUGUAAAAUUGGGUUCUAUCCUACUAUUCAGAUUAGUGAAUCGGUUGAGCUUAUUUUUCCGGAUUGGGACUUGAAAAAAGGUAACCUUCACAUGUUCCUUACUCGUCCCAUUGUUCAUUGUUCGGCUGGAAACACCUUAGCCCCUCACCUCUCAUGUAUAUGAUAGUGAUACAUCGCGUUUGGAUUUUUGAACUUCGACUUGUAUUCUAUCGGGUUAUAUAUUGAAAGCAUUUUGUGGAGUUACUUUCUA